UAUUAAAAACAAAACAACAACAAAUGUCCAUAGAAAAUAAGGAUGAUGAUGAUGAUAACAACAAUGACAAUACCUAUCAACAAAUGUUAUAUAAUUUAGUCAAAAAAUAUUCAUUGCUAAAAUCAUUAGUGACAUGGUAUAGUGAUUCUGUGCAACGAUUUGCCAUGGCUCUUUAUGCGUUGGGUGGUAGAAUUACAUACGAAUUUGUAAGAAUGAAUUUAUCUGGUGCAUUGCCUAAUUUAAUAAUGCUGCAAACCUAUAUCUCUAAUGCCGAUUUAAAGUUAACUGAAGGAGAGUUUAGAUUUGAUUCAUUACAACAACAUUUAUAUUCAAUAAAUACAAAGUAUGGCUUUGGUUCUGAAGAUUGCACUGGUGUAAUCAGACAAAUUAAAUAUGAUAAAGAUACAAAUACAUUCAUUGAAUUUUGUACACCUUUGACUAAUGGUAUACCAACUGUAAAACAUUUUCAAACGGAGUCAUUAGAACGUUUGAAAACUUGGUUUAGUACAGUCGAAAAGGCACCGUUGUUAAACGUUCAUAUGUUUCAACCGGUAGUACAAUUCAUGAAUCAAUCCUCUUCAUUUCUUAUAUCUGCAUACGGUGUUAACAGCCGAUAUACAAGUGUUGAUAUAAUUCGAAGAUGGUCGUAUAUUUAUGAAGAAUGUAAUCAGAAAGGUAUUCGAAUGAUUGGAUUUUCAAUUGAUUGCGACAGCAAAUAUUUACGAGCUAUGCGUUUGGCAAUGGGUUUUUUUGCUGAUGUUCCCAACAGUCGAUUAUUUGAAAAUCCAGAUGCAUUCGUUAUUAAAAUAUUUCCAACGUGGACAUGGUUUUUCUUACGAAAUAGACAACUUUUGUUGUUCAUACAAGAUCCGAUUCAUUUAGCUACAAAAUGGCGAAAUAGAAUGUUGUCAAAAACAGCUCAAAUGAUUAUUGGUCAACAAACAGUCAAUCUGCAACACCUAGCCGAUAUUAUUGAUGAUGACAGGUUAUCGAAGAUUGAUCAUGGACUAACAAUAAGUGAUUUAAAUCCUAGAGAUCGUCAGAAUUUUCAGUCAUGUUCAAAAAUAACAUCCGAAGACGUAUUACAAAUCUUGCAUGAUAAUACCGAUACACAAGCAACUUAUUUGUAUCUUCAGUUAUUAAAAUAUAUUAUAAUGGCCUAUAUUGACAAAUCUACACCCAUUGAUGAUCGCUUAUACUAUUCUUGGGUGGUUGUUUUCGUCUGCAGAUUUUGGUCAACGUGGAUCAAAUACAAAUCAUUUAUUAAUAAAGCAAAAACAACAAAUAAGAAUAACGAUAAAUAUUUUAUUACUAUGCCAGCAUAUUGGUCAGUCAAAAUCAAUGCACAUAAUUUACUAUAUUUAAUUCUACUGGUUCAACAACAACAAUUACCGGCACAUGCAUUGAAUAUUUUUCUAUUUAAUUCACAAGCGUGUGAAUCGAUUUGUAGAAAUACACGUGCAUUGAGUGGUUGCUAUUCAACAAGAAAAGAUGAUUUAUUACCAGUUCAAAAUAUGAUGAAUAUUGAUGAUUUGCACAUCGAAGAAAUUAUUCUAAAAGCGUAUAAACAAGUACAAAAAUAUAUUGGUAGUUUAAACAUGGCAGCAUUAUUCGAACAAAAUCAUGCGUAUGAGCUGAAUGAUUUAAGUACCCUUGUUAAGAACUAUUUGAAAACCACAAGUAAAAUGAAAGAUUGUUCCAAACUCAAACCCGAUUAUGAUUUUGACGCGGAUGAAAGAACAUCAACUGAAAUCAAUGAUGAUAAUGACGAUGAUGAGAAUAGUGGUGAUGAUGAUGAUGAGAAAAGUGAUGAUGAUGAUUAUGAUGAAAAUGGUGGUGACGGCGAUGAAGACGAUGACGAGAAUAAUAUGAUUACAACAGAAAAAACAACAAAGAAUACAAGAGCUAAUUUUGUAUUUCUAGAUAUUACAAGUGUUUUCAACGUCGAUUCUCAGGUUGUGUGA